GGCGCCCGUACUUGGAAGAAGAUGAAUGGUUUGACGUGGAGUAUUUCCGCUCUGAGAUGCAGUUGAGAGAUAUUUGCUGCUAGCCAAGUUUCAGGUAGAUUGGAGAUUAGAGGGUUAAAACUGAGAGAGCCGGUCUUAAAAGACUGAUCGUUGUAUCGUCGCUCCCUUCACAUUUUUGUGAAACCAUGAUUAAAGCCAUAUUAAUAUUUAACAACCAUGGCAAACCUCGGCUGUCCAAAUUCUACGAGCACUAUAGCGAAGACACGGAGCAGCAAAUCAUCCGAGAAACUUUCCACUUGGUGUCGAAGCGCGACGAGAACGUCUGCAAUUUCCUGGAAGGCGGAAUGCUGAUCGGGGGCUCUGACAACAAGCUGAUCUACAGGCACUACGCCACGCUCUACUUUGUGUUCUGCGUGGACUCCUCAGAGAGCGAGCUCGGCAUUUUAGAUUUAAUUCAGGUAUUUGUGGAAACGUUGGACAAAUGUUUCGAGAACGUGUGCGAACUGGACCUCAUUUUCCACGUGGACAAGGUCCACAACAUCCUGGCAGAGAUGGUGAUGGGGGGCAUGGUCCUGGAGACGAACAUGAACGAGAUCAUCAUGCAGGUGGACGCGCAGAACAAGAUGGAGAAGUCCGAGGCUGGCAUCGCUGGGGCACCAGCCCGCGCCGUAUCGGCCGUUAAGAACAUGAACCUCCCGGAGAUGCCGCGAAACAUCAAUAUUGGAGACAUCAGCAUAAAAGUGCCAAAUCUACCCUCGUUCAAAUAGUGGGACGGCUCUCGCGGAAGUUGACAAAUGUUUACGAUUUAAAUUUUGUUUACCAAAAUCAAAGACAUAACUUUUAUCAAAGAAAAAAAAAAAGAAAGAAAUGAAGGUACUGUUUGAUUUAUCUUUUGUGUUCCUUUUAUGUACCCACGUUGGAAAUGAAUGUCAGUUAUGUGGCUUUUUUUCUUUCUUACAGUAUUUAUUUAUUACAUUCCUUUUCCCUUUCUGAAGAUGUGCCCUUAUGACUUGGCUGCUACAGUAUUUUAAGGAGAAACGGAGUACUUCUGCAGUACUCCCUGUGAAGCAUACUAAAAUAUUCUUGUAUUCAAUUAUCUAAAAAUCUGUACUUAUACAAUAUAUGGUAUUGUUGUUUUGUCUUAUAUGUAUUCGAAAUCUUUUAAAUGUAUAAAUUAUAUCUUUUUCAGGGGCUUAAGUAACAGUUUUUCUUAGAUAUCUGGUAUUGUUACAUUCCAACAAAGCCCUCGUUGUCACAUGGUUCUUUCCCGCAUUCUGAAGCCUUAACAACGUAAGCUGGAGAGUCAGGUGGUACACGGUGCGUUUGCUUGGCCAGAGUGCCCUGCAAAGUCCUGUCAUUACCUGCGGUUUACCUUCCCGUGUGACACCGAGGAGGUUAUGCGAAAGUAAGCCUCUCCUCUCUACUCUGAUGGGAUGCUGGCCUUGUCCAGUCAAACUGCUCAGUUCAUUAACAGUCUGACAAUCACGGGGAAAUGACGCACUGCCUUGUAGCUGUAUGAUAUAGAGUUUAUUUUUUUUCAGUUUUUUAGUACGGUAGCUUAAUUCACCCACUUUCUGCUUCUCUCUCAGCCACUGUUUUUUGUAAACCAUUUUUGAACCUCCUUUGUUAUCACGGGGAUGGUUUGGUAAGACCAAGAUUGUGAGCUGAUACUGAAUCACGUAGGUGUGUCUGGCAGCCAUUAAAAAAAUAAAGUCAUUUUGUUAUUGUCUUAUACAUAUAAUUAUGGUUUUGGAAAACAAAUUUGCAGAAAAUGGGGAAUGGCAUGUCUGAUGAAAUGGUGGGAAUUAUUGGAAUGCAGUGAUAUUGGAUGUCUAAUGAAAAUGGUCUCAUUAGUACUUGAAGCCGAUUAUAUGCUGUUUCUUUUAAUCAUUGCAUGUGAGGGUUUGUUUUGUUUUUCUUUUGCAUCAUAAUAAAGUAUUGAGUCAUA